AGGGGGCGGCCAGCGGCGGGGAUGGAGGAGAAGGAGCAACUGCGGCGUCAGAUCCGCCUGCUGCAGGUGUAGACAGACCAACACUGUCUGAGUUGGACACAACCAGAUACACCUGAUCUCAUAUGACUAAUUUUGCACCACCACAGGCAUGCAUGGAGCUGUACACACAAGUCUCAUAAAUGACCAUAAAAACAUCCAUGGAAAUGCACCAGUGCCCCCGCCCUCCAGGACUCCAAGGUGGAGAAAUCCCAGGCAGACUGCCUUCAACAGUCAGGGAGUAUUCUCUGCAAGAUAUUCUCAGCAAGCUCCAAGGGAUUUCCAAUCACAUCAAGGUAACUCCUGGAGGAAAAAAUACUCCCUUGUAAACAGACCGCCUGCACCAACACAUCAUCCUGGAAGCAGUGCAUCUGCUAACGCACUUCAGGCUUUUGUGAGCCAAAGGAAUAGCCAGCCUCCGGGGCCACAAGGAACAGGCUCGGAAAGGCAAGUGGGCUUAGCAACAGGUGAUAUAGUCAUAGGAGUCAAACUGCCACAGAAGACUAGCUCAGCCUUGGACAGUAGAAACGUUAGUGAGUUGGGAUCCCAGCAGGGUUCCUCUGGGAUGAAAGCAGCCAUAGCUGCUCCAAAGGGAAAUGAAAAGGUUAAUGAAAGUUCUAGCUUUCAAAGUGUUGCUCAAAAAGAGGACAAAGAAUCGUCUCUCUCUGUCUCCCAGAGUUCAUUGCACCAGCCUGCUGUUGCUGGAGGCAGAGAUGACGCAAGCCCAGCAUAUGUGAAGGAACCGGGCAAACUUCGGACUGUGAAACUGGCUAAAAGUGCUCCUGAGUUACGUGACGUUAUCAGUGAAAGUGCCAUAGCAUUAAAAUCGAAGCCUCAACAGCCUUCAGCUCUUCCUGAUCGAGAAUCAGGCUGGCUGGUAGCCUGGAAGAAGCCAGUAGCACAGGUUCCAGCUCACUGUAGUUCAGAGCAAGUCACGGCAGGAAGAGGUACUUUGAAGGAGCCAAAGACCCUUGGAAAAUCUGAGGCACGCACAAACUCAGUUCAGGCUGUGACUUCAGACUUUGGGAUAAACCCAGUGAAGAACCAGUUUGCAAUACCACACAAGCUAUCCAGUUUCCAAAGAGCUGCCUCAACGCCAGUCUCCAGUAAAGCUUCUAAAUUCAGGAAAGCCAACUAUACAUGGGUAGCAAAUCCUAGUAAAUGCUCUUGUGCUGUAAAGAGAUGGACCAGCCCUAGAGCUUCUGAAAGCACUAGGAAGCUUUCUGUGGGAGCAGAGAGAACUGCUAAGCCACUGCCAAAGGGGGACUUGGGAGCAAAGCAGAAGAAAUCCGGAGUGCAUUUGAAGCUGGAUGCCUCUCCUAGUAAAUACAAAUGGAAAGCAUCCAGCCUACAGCCACCUUCUUCAACUUCCAAGUCAGUGUUCAGGUGGCAGUCUGAGGGACGAAAAGAGGCUGGAGUCUCCCAGGCUUCCAGAGCCAACUUUGGCCUUCAGACUCUAAGCAACGCAUCCAUCGGUCAUGAUGGGUUGAAGUCAUCUUUCAACGAUGCUGCACUUUCCACUUACAAAGUGAAGAGCCGGACCAAAAUCAUCAGGAGAAAGGGGAGUUGCUGUUCCCCAACAGAUAAGAAGAGCAGCUCCUUCCCCACAAUGCCACUGAAAAGUCACUACUCUCUCAGGAAAAGAAACUCCCUGCGGGGAAGACCUGCACCACUGAAGAGAACCCUGCCCAAGGAGCUGGUGCAGAUCACCAAGCACAGGCUAUGCCGACUGCCAGCCUCUAGAAUGCACAUCCCAGCCAAAGAAGGGUCCAGCUUGCACCUUGUAAGGAGCCCUGUGGCUAAUAAAGUAGUACAGACUCGCUAUAGGAUAGUGAAGAAGAAUGUGGCUUCGCCUUCAAGUUCAUCAUCAUUCUUCAGCAUUCCUGUUCCCAGCUGGAAGACAAGGCGACUUGUGACAUCCAGAUCUCUGGCAUUGAACCAAAUGCGCCAGUCACCCCUAGGCGGCAAAUCCCAGCAGCUACAGCCAAGAUGGAGGAACAAAGGCUUUUGCUGUAUAGGAGGCGUGAUGUACACGGUGUCAGCCAAUAAGCUCUCCAAAACCACCAGCUCCCCAGUCAGGGGUGGCGACCUGAGUAACAAGCUCCACAGUAGAACAGCAAGGUUGGAUUGUACAGCCAGCAGCCUCGGUUAUUCUCCUCCCAGCUGUCUGCACAGAUCAGCUACAAGCCGAUACAUUGCAAGCCGAGCUGUGCAGCGGAGUUUAGCCAUCAUUCGUCAGGCCAAGCAGAAGAAAGUGAAGAAGGAGUAUUGUAUGUACUACAACCGCUUUGGCAAAUGUAACCGGGGGGAGAGCUGUCCCUACAUCCAUGAUCCGGAAAAAGUAGCUGUCUGCACCAGAUUUCUCCGUGGCACAUGCAAGAAGACUGAUGGGACAUGUUCAUUUUCACACAAAGUUUCUAAAGAUAAGAUGCCAGUGUGCUCAUACUUCCUGAAAGGAAUCUGCAACAACAGCGACUGCCCCUACAGCCACGUCUACGUGUCCAGGAAAGCUGAAGUGUGCCAGGAUUUCCUCAAAGGCUACUGCCCCCUGGGCGAAAAGUGCAAGAAGAAACACACACUGGUGUGCCCAGACUUUUCCAAGACUGGCAUCUGUCCAAAGGGCGCCCAGUGCAAACUCCAGCAUCCCCAGAGAAAGUAUCACUUCAGACAGCCCAGUACCGCAGGUGACUCCAACCAGGGCAGGUCAUCGCCGAAGUGGAAGAGGCUGGGAGAGGAGGCAGUGAGGAGGGAUGCAGCCCACCUCCAGGAUGAUGGGGAGAUUCCCGGACCCUCCAGCGCAGAGCAGGGGGUAAAGUUUUGGAGUGACACAGACACCCCAGCAUGCAGCAGACUUCAGAAGCUCCCAUCUUUCAUCUCUCUCCAGUCACCUACCUCUCCAAGUGCGGUGGCAUGCACAGCUGACAGAGACAAGACAGGGGAGGAUACAGGGAAGCCGCUGCAGAUCAAGCCCAGGCUGUGAGGUCAGCUCCCUGGAUUCAGCAUCUCUCCCGCCCACCUCAUGCACUGGUCCAUCCAACCGUCCAGCAGCCGAACGCCUCAGGAAACACAGCGGCCAGGCCAUCCCGGCACCUACCUCAGGACAGCAAGACAGGAGGGGAGGCCGCCUCCUGAUUUGUGUCCCAUUUCGAUACGUUCAUUUGACCCUGAACCUGGUAACAGUAAAUGCCCCAGGUUUCCCCAGCCCCGUCGUGCAGGGAGGCGGCUUUGUAAGCAUUUUAAUUUUGGAAUAAAUGAUCUUUUAAUCUGGUUUAUUUAAAACAAACCCCUUUCCCAAGCCCCUGUUUAACUUCAGCUGGCCCGGUCAUUCUUGAGUUAGCAAGAAUGAACUGUUGUGAUCAGACUAGGCUAAACGGGGCCCAUUGAUCUUACCUGCAGCCCUUUGCACCCGGGUUCUUGGUGCCGUGUUUGGAGCUUUGCAGCUGCAGUAAUUCUCCUCACAGAGAUUUGAGGAAGGGACAAGAGUUAAAGAAACCUAACUCUGUUUCUCUUUAGUGCCGGGAAGCUGCAUCGCCCAGUUGGGUAUAUUUCAACAGCACUGUCUGUUAGUGGGAAAUUAUACUGCAUGAUGAGAGGCUGGAGAACUUCAGCCAGCCAAGAAGUGCAGCAAUUGCCUAGAAAUGAGGAUGUGAGCGUCUUACAACCGUCAGGAUAGGAAUUUGUUUUGGGGGUGAGGGGUGUGCAAGGGGGCUGUGGCUUCCUGUAGCCAUGUGCUUAAGGGAUGUGUGUGACCCGAACAGAACAGCCACAUGAGGUGAGCUCCGAAGCCAUUUCAGAGAAACAGUUAUGCCCUUGUGCCAAGAAAUUGUGGGGGGGGGGCGGGGGGAGCGGGGAAGGAAGCAUUUCUGAAUUGAAAUGCAAGCCCCUAAUAUCUAAUGCAUGCAGAGGAGUCUGUUUGCUAGUGAUUUGUCUGCAGGUGAUGGGGCCCAAGGAAAUCCUGUGAUCCUGCCGUGUGUGGUGGGGCUUUGCAAGGCGAUCAUCUUCCCCCAUCCCGGUACCCCUCCAAGAGCAGAGGAGACCACAAGGGAUGCGGUGAGACUAAGAGGACAGAAGGUGAAGUCUGUAGUCAGCGCAGUGGGUUCCGUGCUGCUGCUUUCAAUGAGCACUGCCUUGUGAUCCCGCUGCUUUCCCCGCCUGUAUCUGGUUCAUGCAAGGAGACGAGGAACGCAGUCUGGUUCAGUAUGCCAGGGAAAAACACCAGGCUUGUGAAAGCUAAGGAUGACAGAGUAUCUAGUCGGGAAAGAGCGAGGAGCCGAGGACUCGGAACUAGACAUUUGUUAAUGGUGAUUUCUCCUCUUCUCCACUGUGGCAAUAGCAGGGUGCAAGGAGACAGGUGCAUAUGGAGCGUAGGCCUCCCACCUAGGAUUUAGUGCCCUUCUCAACAUGGGCGGAAUUCCAGCUCCUUCAGUUCAGGUCCAGGGAAAAUAACCUGUUUUCUUGGUUUAGAAGCCAGCAUUGAUCUGCCAGGUUCAUAGAAUGAUUGUUUAGUGCAUCAGAGACGCUGUCUGCUUAGUUCCCAAAUGUACAGGCCAAAUGCCCACCUGGAUAAAUCCACCUCCACCCCCGAGGGGCGUUUGUAAUAUUCAGAACUCCUUGGUUGCUUUAUUUUUAACUGGUGUGUUUACUGUGGGUCAGACUCGAAUGCAAUGGAGCCCCAGUGAUGUGCUCGGAGAUGAUAUAAACACAACAAGCAUUUGGUUUAAAUCUAGAGCUGACCCAAACCAGACCCCCAGAGCCGAACACCUUUGCACCAGCUCUGCCUUUUACAGAUACCCCAAACUUGGGAGCAUUCCAAAUCCAAAGUGUGAUCUGGGUCUGACUUUCACUUUCUUGCAACGGGUCCACCCAGAGCCCAGCUUUGGAGCAUUCAGAAUCCAGAUCCAGACGUAGCAGCCUCCACCUGUCUCUAGUUAAAACCAGACACAUUUGCUAAACCAGUUCGCAGCUUCUCAGCAUGCGUAAUAUGGCACUAAAUCGCUUGGUGCUGACACAUUUUAUGUCUCGUAUCCCUCUCGCCCCUAAGGAGAUGCCCUGGAGCUGGGAUAAAGGCACAGUUAUCACAUGUCGAUGCCUUUCUCUCUCACGAGGUCUGAUCGUCCAAAGUUGCUCCAGCAGCACCCUCCUGGAGGGUGUUAGUCACUCACCACGGUAGCAUCUCUCGGUCACUUUGCAUAUCAAGCCAGCUGCUGUGGAGUUUGAUUGAAAUUUUUGCGGUGAGCGGUGAAAUUUCCUCCCUUCUGUGAAUCUGCCUGGCUCAUCUCCUCCCUUCACCACAGAGCAACAAGCUAAUAAAAGAUUGAUUGUAACUAUAAUUGCAAUCUGCCGAGGUCGGCAUUUCCUCCCCAGCUCCUCGCUGCACUGAGGGACGGAGGGAGCAUGAGGGGGGUCGUUAGCAAACACCCAGUUGAUUGGGCUGUUUUUAUUUCCCCCACUCCGUUUCUUUAUCUCCGUGAUUUAGCAUCCUGUCGCUGUGUGUUCCUGAAGAGCUGAGGAGUGCUGGCCGGGCAACUUACCGAGGGCGCUGCACGUGGAGAACUGCAGGGCAGGUUUUCUCUUUUUUGUUUCCAUCAUUUUAAACUUUAGGGGGUGGAGGUGAUUUUUACUGGGUGUCACUAAGUUUCCAUGGAUAGCUCGAGAAAUUCCCAUCAGAUCCAGCUUGCAAAAAGCACUGAGAACUCCAUAAGGAAUCCCAGUGACAUAACAUACUCUGCAGUGAAGCCAAGGAGAUCCAUACAGGACAUGUCACAUCAUUGGAGUGCUAGGACCUCAAGAUCGAAAGCAUCUACAGCAGCCAGGAAGAUCCCCAGUAAGACUUCAGACGCAGGGAAUGGUCAGUGAGAACGUUGCUUUGGUGGGGUUCCCUGGAAUUAGGUCAGAGGAUAGUCUCAGCAUUCGGUCAUAGUGAACCUUAGGGCCAGAUUUGUCUCUUGGUUGCUCCUAUGCAAGACAAUGGGGGCUGAAUGGGAGUAUCUGAAGGCAAACGUUGGCCAUCAUUGCUGCUCGGGAGAUAGAGGCUGGAGAAGUAAAUAUUAUCAAGGCAAAUUCACCUUAUGGCCAGGAACCAGCCUCAGUUUCUCCAUUAGACCUUCCUGACGUGGGGAGAUAUAGAGGGUACAGGGCAAAGGAAAAUCCUGAACUGAGAGGUCCCAGGAAAGACGAAGAGGGCCUGUCUCCUUCCAAACUCCUCCCACUUCUGGUAGGAUUCAUAGUUAGUAGCUUGGUAUCAUUAACUGGAAGUCUGGGGCAGGUGGUGAUGACGGUUUCGCAUCACGUAGCCGGUUCGGUUCUCAUUCCUCAGACGGGCAGCAGCCGGCGACACACGCAAUGGGAGGUUAGCAAAAUCUCUCACCCUUGCGCCUGCCAAAAGCAUACGGACUGCUGUGUGUCAGUAAAACCCAGACGGGCAUACGUGCCGGCUGAGUGCUGCCUAACUUACCGCAUAGCCAGGGAGCAAACCGUGCUGCCCCCCCAUUGGAGCCCCUGGAUUGCGAGGUCUGCGUGUUUGUCAGCGGAAGGGAAGAAAUCAGAUUUAGCGUGUGAACUCUGAAAUCCAACAGCCCGGCACUUUUUAUCUUCAAGGUCUUUCGGCAACAUAUUUCCCUGGGGGAGCCGUGCUCUCAGGUGCAGCAUCCUUGGGUUCACAGUGACGGGCGAAGGGCCUGUAACGUAUUCUCUUGGGGACAGUGAGCCACCAGAUGAAUCACCCUCAGGUUUGCAGUGGUUGCAGAGGGAUCUGUAAUGUCUCUGUCUCUUGCCACUGAGGUUUCAACUGCUUUUCACCCCAUUUUCUUGCAGGGGUGACAGAUGCUAGGAGGCCGAGUGAAACUGAGGUCUUAGUAAGUCAGUAGCUGGUUGAGGUUAGAUCCAGGGAAGUUUCCUGCCUUGAUGUAUAUUUUAUAGCCAGCUGUUGUGUGUUCUGUGCCGUAGAGACUUCCUUGGCUCUGCUCGUGUUACAGUCCCUGCCUGGACAGUGCUUGUCUCUCUAGUGUGACUCUGCUCUGUGGUGUUCUCCUUCCUUGACUUUAUCAGGUAGGGAUCAUGGCUGUCCCGGUCUGUCCAUGCCUGCCUGUGUUACAGCCACGCGACACGUUACCCGUGACUCAGCAUCGCUGAGACGUACGUCUAGAAAGGUUCGACCCCGCAGGUGCGCCAUCCAGGGCGAGCUAACACUCCGGGCCCCUGGCUAUCUCAGCCAUUCAUUUGCUCUGCUCCAGGGUAGGAUGAUGUAAGUUUAAUGAUGCUCUUUAGGGCUUGAUCCUGCAAGGGUCUGAGCACCCCUCGACUCCUGGUGAUGGCCUUCACAUGUGGUGCUCCCCACCUUCCACACCAGGCCCAGGGUCUGCUCUAGCUCCCUGCCCUCAUCCAUGGCUGCGGGAAUUGAGGGCCUGUUCGAUCCCUUGGGGAUCGAUUCAGUUCAGGUGUUGGGGUGGGGACUGGCUCGUUCCUCUGCCAGGGCUUGGGAUGGAGUUACUAUCCUGUAACCGUAUCGUUCUCUUUGGCGCUUGAUGUUAACGUCACUGUAUUUACUGCCACGGCAGGACUGAGAUUCCUGUAGGGGAAAUGAAAUAUGCAGAGGCUUGGAAAACUGUAGUAGCCCAGAGAGCUUCUGACUUUUCAAAGUACCAGCUGCCACUCUGAAACUUCCAGGAAGAAGCGUCUCUUUAAGGGGGCUGAGGCUGGUUGUUUAUAGGGUGUGAGUUACACCGCAGGAUUUGUUCCAGGAGGGACUGACAGAUAGUGUGUCGCUCAACUGCCCAGCGUAUCAGCUCUCGGAUCGUGUACAUUCACUGGCACGAAGUACAACCACAGCUGCCAUGUAGCUAAUUUCCAAACCUGAACGCUUUGGCACAUAUCGCUGCUAUCUUCGUGGGCCCGCUCUGUGCUCCGUAGAGGCAGGGAAGGGAGCAUGGUCCAGUGGUUAGGGCAGGUCACUGGGAGUCCAGAUAGCUGGGUUCUAGUCCCACUUCUGACUUGGGCAUGUGACCCCUCGGUUUCCCCAUUGUGAUGUUACACACCUUUGUGAAACAGGGUGACACUGACAGCACUAAAUUCAACCAUUGUACACCUGCCACGCGGACCCCGCUGCAUCCUGCAUCCUUGGUUUGAGCGAGACAACCCAUCUAGGCACUGUUACACCUCAGCCCCUCACACAAGCCCUCUUUCAUCCGAGGGCUCAAUGAGCCCAGCGCCCUGCUGCUGCCUUGCCGAUGGUGCAGUCUGUCACUGCACGGUGUUUAAAAAGACAGAUGGGAACGCUGGGCAGAAGGUUCUUGAGUGCUUGACAGUUACACAUGAACCCACCCUUGAUCAUGCCGUGUAUUAUAAGCCACCAAGGAGGGUCAUGCUCAAAGGUUGCCUUCGGAUAACACAGCCCACCUAGCUCCAGCCCUAAGAAGCAAACGCCGUGCUCCCUCCCCGGUGAACUGUGACACUGAAAUGAAAGCCAGAGAUGACUCCAGCUUUCUGUGCUACACUCGCCUGCUGACCCAGGCAGGCAAUGGGGAAAUGACUUUGAAUUUCCCCCUUAAAAAAAUGCCCUUCCUCCCUGGGUACGUCUACGCAGCAACUACACACCCGCAGCUGGCUUGUGCCAGGCGGCUUGAGCUCGGACUGCGGGGCUGUUUCACUGCUGUGGAGACAUCUGGGCUCGGGCUGGAGCCUGGGCUGGAGAAAACAGCCCGAGUCAGCUGGUGCAGGCCAGCUGCGCGUUUUUCCUUGCUGCGUAGACAUACCUUGUGAGAGCUGCUUGGUGUGUCCUAGUUUGCUAAGGAGCACCAGGGUUGGGGGGAGGGCUGGUCCGGAAGAUCUUUAGCAAACGGGAGAGACGGCAGAUUUCAGAGGGGCGAAGGCACCUUAAAAAGGCUAAAUUACAGCCAAGCUUACUUGGAGGCUGCCCGCUCUCUCCUUCCACACAGUCUGGUGGUGGGGACGGGGAGGGCUGCUCCCCGGUGCGUGGGGAAACGCAUGGGAGCGAACCUCCGAUGUAAACUCUGCAGGCUGCAGUCAACUCCCUGCCGCUGCUCCUCAUUCCCGUGCCAGUGGGAAGCAUCUUGAGCAUCCUCCGAAUCAGGCAGCCCCAACGACUACACUUCUCAGGCCGGCUCCUCGGCACAGCUAGACGCGUUGAUGCCAGCCGGGGAUCUGGUGUCCAUUUGGCUCUUAGUGGGUUUAAGCAGCCCAGCCUUAUCCUACUGCUUUGUUUCAAGGGAGUGGAGGAAGUUAGGCCAGGUCCCUACUAGAGAUGCAAUUACGUCUAACUGAGCUAGCAGGCCUGGGAACGUAGUGCCACUCAGUGUGAAGGGUUUGCCCUCGAUGUCAAUAUGCAUCGCCUGCAAAAUCAAGAGGAGCCAGAGCACUGAUUGGGCAGCAUAGGGUUUAAGGCAGCAGUAACCGGCUUCUGAAGCGUGAGAAUCGGUGUCCAUCACCGCUGGGGUGACGUUCCUUGGACAAGCCAGGAGACAGAGUAUGUUCAAAACUUCCUUUUGCCUUGGGUCUCUGUGCUCGUGUUGGGCUUUGUUUGGUGUGAAACUCUUAGCUGUGUUUUAAAGGAAGCUAUUUUUAAUAAAGAAUUCCAUAGUCACUGUUGAUACUAAAUGGCUUUUGUUAAUUGGUGCUUUUUGAUAUUUAAAUAAAGGUGAAUGAAGAGUUUGUGCAACAAAUUGCUUUGUGGCUUUGUUCUUCCUCUGAUGUAUGAUCAAAAGUUUCUCCCUAUUCCCAGCGUUACCAAGGUAGUGCCUGGCUGAAAAUUUUUCAUCAAAAUCCUUUUUUGGGCAGGGGAUGAAGCAGAAAUUUUUGUCAGAACCAUUCCAUUGUUGAAAUUUUUCAGAUUUUUAUUGACCACCCAAAAACCUGAAAAACGUUUGGCUUUUGACAACUGAAAUUCCAAAAUGUUCAGUUUUGGGGGAGUUUUUGAUAAAAACCAAAGUUCCAUGAACAUUGUUUGACAAAAAUUUCAGUUUUGUACAUUUUUAGCAGAAAAUAAAAUA